AUGAUUGGUGGUCCACAACAAUUUGCAAUUGUCGGUAAAAUAAAGAAACUCCUAUGCGAGUACGAUGCUAUGCCACCCGUGUCUGAAGUGCAGUGGAUAAAAGAUGGAGAUGUGAUUGCUAGAAAUUCUAGUCUGCUGGUUAACGAGUCCCGCAUCUCUGUUACUCAUUACAAUGAAAGUCAAAUACAGUUACUUAUAAGUCAAAGUACUUCCCAGGAUGCUGGAAACUACUCCUGCCUUGUUAUUAAUGCUGUUGGUAACUCAUCCCAGAGGACGUCAGUCAUAAGCCAGGGUACUUUAUGCUAAAAAGCACUUUACAACUACGUUUGUUUUUUUUGUUUGGCCAUGAGUAAUUCAAAUUGGUUGAACAGUGGGGGUCUAAUUUUUCGUAAGUGCUCCCAUGAGGUUCUAGAGGGGCUGCUUUAAAAUGUCCUCGCCAUCCGGAUGAUUUACUUAUUGGAGAAGCGGGUUCACAUUUUCAUUUUAGAGAAGGACGGAGGGGAAUGAGGACCAUGCGACGUUACAACAGAACCAAUGCAAUCCACAAUCAGAAAAUCAAUAAUUUAAAAUCUUCAGCUGUUUAAAGAACUCCGGGAUGGAACUAGUCCGUCCAGUGCCAAAAAAUACUUAAUCACAGGCGAAGACCUAAUCAUUCACGUGGAGCACCAAGAGUGCUAUUUCAGAAAAAUCCAAUCUGCUCCUUUUUGUGUCCGGUUAAUCAGGAGCUUUCUUGUUUGGGAUAAAGCAACUCUCCCAUAAUUACGAAUGAAACUUGUGUUUGUUCUAUUCAGUGAACCGUUUCAAGUUUACAGCUGCUGGUGUAUUCUGUUUCAAGUUAGUCUCUUGAUUGAAAAUAUAAAUGUCACAAUUAGAAUGGAUGUUAAAUAUCAAAUUAAGCAGCUCUUGCUUCUUUUUCACACAGAGCUGCCCUUAAUCACCACCCGUCCAGAAGGGAAAACUCCCAUAGAGGGAGAAAAGAUAACUCUGUCCUGUAACGCCACCGGAAAUCCAGAACCAUCAAUAUCCUGGGUUAAAGAUGGAUCUCCCAUAAAGAGCAAAUCUAGGAUCGGCCUUUCAAAAGACAAUAAGCGAUUAACAAUAACGAAUAUAAGCAGAACAGACAGCGGUGAAUACCAGUGUGUGGCGAGAAACAGAGUUGGAAAUUAUACCUCAAAUUCCAGAGUGGUUGUUCUUUGUAAGUGUCGUACACUCUUUAAUUUCCAGGUCUUACUUGUUGUAACUGUAUUUAUAAUCUUUAUCAGUUGCAUUGACAUCCUGGAACCUUAUAAAGUGAUCAUUUCACUGCUCUUCCGUUGUCGAAAAUUGGAUGAAAUGGUUGUUUAUUUUAACCAGAAGCACAAUUUACCUUUGGAUGCACGUUCUUGAUGCCGAAAUGGGUAGUGCAGCUGUAGCCUUUUUCGCAAAUAUUUUUCUCUUACUUAUGUCAUUGAAAAUUUUAUCUGAUCUAUUUCAUUUUGUUCGUUACCUUGUCCAGUACUUGCCUGUUGUGAAAUUCAUGGGGCGUCGACUGGUGAUCGUCUGUUUGUUAAAAGUUAAACGUAGGUCGACAUCAAGAAAGCUACAAAGUGAUAAUUGCAUGCCACACGUUCGAAUUAUUUAUUAGCUCUAACACCGACGCUAUUUACUUUUCAGUUGAACCCGAGGUUACAAUUGAUGGCGAUCAGGAGCAAUAUUUGGCUAAAGGCAGCAAUAUCUGGCUGAUAUGUCGGUAUGAAGCGUCGCCACCAGUGUCUGAAGUGCAAUGGAUAAAAGAAGGAACUGUGAUUGUUCGAAAUACUUCAGUGCAAAUUAAUGAUUCAAGAGUGACAAUUCCAUCUUUCAAUGAGAGUCAAAUACAGUUGUCAAUCACUGCAGCUUCCCUAAAGGAUGGGGGAAAUUACACCUGUAAAGUCACGAAUAUUUUAGGCAGCACGCGGGAUACGACAAUGAUCAUAAUCAAAGGUAAAUGGUAACCAGUUAAACUAGCCAAUUGGUGGAGAAUAUUUCCUUCAGUAACGUUUAUUAAUCAGUCAUUUCUAUCAAAUUUAAAACCAUAAGGUAAGAAUACAAUUGUACCACUUUAACUGACGAGAACGUUUUCUCCCGUACCACAUUUACAACGAGAUCGUCCUUGAAAACUGCUCAUGAGUUACUGUCAUCUUCCAAUCCCUAAACGUAGUACACUGUAUGUUAUUUUUUGGUGCUGUGUAUUGUGAGAUUACCAUACGAAUUUAUAGAAAAUGUAAUAUAGGCAUUAUACAAUUCCUGCACCAAAACGCAAUAUCUAACGAAUUUAUUAACUAUUAGUCAGCUCUACAAAUUCGUUUUCUCUUGUUUUGGUCAGAGUAACACGUAUGUAUAUAUAUUUUAAUUAUCAUGCUUAGUCAAUAAAACAACGGACAAGGUGAGAACUGUUAAAUACGUUUGGAAAGAGAUUACUAUUGCAUGAACAUGAAAACUUGUAUUAUUUUUUUAAAUAAUUUUUUUAAUGAUAAUACUGUAUUUAUCCACAGAUAAACCUGAGAUCGUGACGCAUCCUCAAAAUAUCACAACAAGAGAAGGUCAAAACGUGAGUUUAUAUUGUAACGCUACUGGAAGUCCAGUUCCAACAAUAUCAUGGUACAAGAAUGGAUAUCCUAUAAAUAACAGUUUCAGUACCAUUUUUUCACCAAGCCAUGAACAGUUGACAAUAAGGAAUGUGAACAGAAUAGACAGUGGCGAUUACACAUGUCAAGCAAAAAACAGAGUUGGAACGGAUACUUCUAACGCUUCCACGAUUAAUGUUCAGUGUAAGUGACUUAAAUUAGUCAUUGUACAUGAAUAAGCACUAGGAGUCCUUUUGAUGUGCCAUUAAUCCAUCACGAAAUGUCGAGAAUUUACUUGGCUCCCUCAAGCUGGCCGAACAAUUUAUUCUGAUUUAGCACGCUGUUUCAGCCAAUCAAAAUGCUUUUCAUAUAGAUACCUCAUUAUAAUUGCUUUUGUAGCUCUAGCAACAAUUAUUUUUUUUAUCGGCCGUUCUGUCUUCUUCCUUUUGGAUCGAACUAUGCUUUAUUAGUAUGGAGGAUCGUCUUGCCGGAAUUUUUACUAUCAAAGGGCGUCUUUUUCACUGGUUCUUCGCCCUGUUAUUGUUCGUAUUUUAUUCAUCCACUCAAGGAGGUAAAAGACAUUUUUCAUUAUUCGAAGACAUAAUUAUAACAGAUUUGGAAGCGGAAAUCAACCUCGUUGACUUCCGUAUACGAGGUAUAGGCCCUGGCCGCGCAUUUAUUUCAUCAGUUUAAAUAUCCGGAUAUUCACAAUGCAAAUGAAUUGAAUUCUCUCGAGUGUGAGAGAAGGACCUUGUUAAGCUAAAUUUGUUGAGAUUCACUGUUUCAGUCCAUUACCUUAAGCAAGAUAUUUCGAUAUUGUAAUUUAAUUCGAAUGUUUCAUUUUUCUUGUGUAAUUGCCUCGAUUAAAUCUGCUAACCCGAUUGAUCGAAUUCAUUGCUUUUAAUAUCUUGCCAAGGUAAGCUUAGUUUAUUUACCCUAGAUGUACUUCGAUAAUUACAAAUUUUACACUCGCUUACUCAUUUACAAUACUCAUUUUGACCCGAAAGAAUUCCGAUGGUUUUCUAACUAAUUACUCAUAUACUUCCUCUUAGUCUAGUUCAUGUUUUACGAGGAGAUUUUGUCUCAAUGGGAAGUGAUUGGUUCCUGUACUUUGAAAAUGUUAGUUGCCAUCGGACGUAAAUUUUUUUAAAAUUUGACUUUUUGUGGCUGGGUUGUUUGUGAAUGAUAUCACGACAUACAUUAUAAAUUACAACUGUUUCUUGUACCCAGUACAAUUUAUGUUUAUAGGCAUGUCACUAUCUGGCGUUAUACAGCCUAUCUCCAUAAGGAGCUUCCUUUUCUAGCACCACUUUAUUUCCUUGAAACGAAAGAUUGAGCAAUGAUCGGUCAGUUGUCUGACUGUGAAGCAAAGAUACGCUGAAAAAGCAAACCGCGAGCCAAUUGGUCACAUAACGUAAUUUGUUGACAUGUCAUAUUUAUGCUUUCGUGAUAGUCCUUUCAAAGCAAAAUCUUUUCCAAAUUGCAGUUCGAGCUGAGAUCGUCUUUCAUCCUCAAGUGAAUGUCAUAAAAGAAGAGGGAAGUAAUUUGACUUUAUUUUGUAAUGCCACUGGAAACCCAGCACCGAUAAUAUCAUGGACCAAAGAUGGAUCUCCCACAAAAAACAAUUCCAGAAUCAGGUUUUCAAAACAUAACCGGCUGUUGACCAUAUCAAAUGUGAACAGAACAGACAGCGGCCACUACCGUUGUGUAGCGAAGAACAGCUUGGGAAAUGAAACCUCAAACGUUUCUACUGUUAACAUUCAAUGUAAGUUCUCAUCUCACUACUGUACUGGUAUGAAUACUCUACUUUCUCUUACCAGGGUAUGAAUAGCGUUUUGACACUCGGCGUCGGCUGUCAGCUGAUUUCAUGCUUCUUUCUCCAAUUCACCCUUUUUUUCGAUUCCGCUAUAGUCAACUUUUGUUAUAAUUAUUGUUUAAUAAACAUGGCCUUUGAAGAACAUUUGCUCCUACUCUCUGCAGGAAAAUUUCAUCCUAUGCUUUUUUUAUAACAGAAAACGGAUGUACAGUCAUGUAUGCAUUUCUAUGCAGACGUUUUGUUUAUCUGUUAUUUGCCCUUUGCUAACAAGAUUGAUUUCAAAAUUGCAGAUAAACCUGAGAUUACUUCUCAUCCUAAAAGUGUGGAUAUAAAAGAAGGAGGAAACGUGACCUUUUCUUGUAAUUAUACUGCAAAUCCAUCACCGACAACAUCAUGGACUAAAGAUGAAUCGCCUAUAACUAACGAUUCGAGGAUCAGUUAUUCAGUUGUCAAUAAAGUUUUGACAAUAACGAAUGUGAACAGAAAGGACAGUGGAGAAUACAGAUGUGAGGCAAGCAACAAACUUGGAAACGACACAUCAGAAGCUGCUGAAUUAAAUGUGAAAUGUGAGUUCAUUGCAUUGUCCUUUAAGAUAUCGAUUAGAAAUAGAACAGAGCAUUUUAAUACGCAAAGUCUCUUUCGCAGUAAACACCUUAAGGUAACGUCUACGGGGAAAUCGAUAUUUUAAAAUCUUCUUUUUUGAGUCCUCGAAAACGAUUACGAAAUGCUCGUAAGAAAUAAUUAAUAAUUUGGUCGAGAACAAACUCUCCCAUGAAUGGCCGUAAUAAGGUGGUCGGGAAUAUACUUUUACCCUUUAACUCCCAUGAGUGACCGAGAGAGAAUUUCUCCUUACAGUGUCAAUGCAAUAUUAAGCAGAUAAGUAAUGAGAAUAAAGAAAAAUAGCGAUUAGGGAAUAAUUAUUUGAUCCAGUACUAAAUUCUCUGAAUUAACAUUAUAAAAAUUUUACGGUUGGCAUUGAGGAGAAUAACAAAUUUGAUCUAGGAGUUAGAGGGUUAAAAAAUUUGGAAGUGAGCACAUCUUACAUGACAGCUAUUAGAAAUAAUUACUAAAUAACGAGAUUUAUCCAUGUAAAACACGUUUGAUAACUCCAUUAUAUCUCCAUCAUCUUGCUAAAAACUGUACUGAACACUUGUUCAAGAUAUACGCAAAAAUGUUUGUUCAAGAAUUUGAGCACAACUUGUUGUAUAGUAACGUAAUCGUGAAAACAAUUUCUACGCAUAGCCUUACUAAGAGAGUUUCUUUGUGCAUUUCAGAUCGCCCUGAGAUAACAAAACAUCCGCAGAAUGUUACGGUAGCAGAAAGAAAUUAUGUGACCUUAACUUGUAAUGCUACCGGAAAUCCAGAGCCACAGUUUUCAUGGUUUAAAGUUGAAAAUACUGUGAAAAGCAACAACAGGAUUAAUAUGUCAGCAAAAACGUCGCACCUGACAAUAACAGAUGUGAACAGACAUGACAGCGGAGGAUACCUGUGUGUCGCCCAUAAUGAAGUUGGAAACGAUACCUCGAUAAUUGUCAUAUUAGAUGUGCAAUGUAAGUAAAGCACUAUUAAUACAAUUAUGUACUGUUAGCAGACGCGAGACAAGGCCUACAGCGAAGUGCGCUUUCAGGUUAUUUCAUAACUUCGUGCUCUUUUUUGAACUUUCCGAACUGUCUGUUUUAUAAGUCUUGCAAGUCAAGAGCCAUGUUUGCAUUUUUUCUACGGAGAUUUUCAGUAACCUGCAUAUCCCCCUUUGCUGCUGAAGCUACGUUUCAGCUUUGCCAUUUUUUGAAGUAUUACAAGCAUAUAUACUGUUUGCUUCAAAACCAGUCAGAGAUUACCAAAAGGGGUUUUUCCUAAAUAAUGAUUUAUUUGUAUUCUUACGUUCAUUACACUUCAGUUUUCGCCAUCAUAAAUGGAGAGCGAACGAUAAUCGAAUUGUAAGCCCCGGAUUGCGCACGGAAACGUUUCUCUUUAUUCAGAUGAGUCAUUUGUCUCGCUGAAUCGUUUAAUUCCACAGAGCAUAGUCUAGUUAAUAUCCAUUCACACCAACAAAACAUAUUUAAGUAAACUGAGCUCAAGUGAAUGAAAGUAUGACACAGAGGGCUAAAAAAAAAAUUACUUUCCUAUUAUGCACAUUUGUAAAGUAUAUAAACGAUGGUACGAAUAUUCCUAACGAUAAAAUCCUCUGAUGAGUGAGCAAUCACGAAACAGGCUUGUAGGGAUGAAAGUAUAGUCUCUCUGUUUUUUCCCCUAUCGCAACACUUAUAUAUAUAUAUAUAUAUAUAUAUAUAUAUAUAUAUAUAUAUAUAUAUAUAUAUCAUUAGCAAUAAAUUAAACAGCGGACAAGUUGUGAACUGUUUAAUACAUUUGGAAAACAAUUCCUAUAACUCGAAAUUGAUAUUUAUAAUAAUUUUUUUUUUUGUAAUACUGUAUUUAUCCACAGAUAGACCUGAGAUCGCGACGCAUCCUCACAAUAUCAGAACAAGAGAAGGUCAAAACGUGACUAUAUAUUGUAACGCUACUGGAAAUCCAGUUCCAACAAUAUCAUGGUACAAGAAUGAAUAUCCUAUAAGUAACGGCUUCAGGAUCAUUUUGUCUCCAGGCUAUGAACAGUUGACAAUAAGGAAUGUGAACAGAAUAGACAGUGGCAAUUACACAUGUCGAGGGAACAACUCAGUUGGAGCGGAUACUUCGGACGCUUCCACGAUUAAUGUUCAGUGUAAGUGAUUUAAAUUAGCCAUGAAUAAGCACUAGUAGGCCUUUGGAUGUGCCAUAAAUCCAUCAUGGAAUGUCGAGUAUUUACUUGGCUCUCUCAAGCUCGGCAGAAAAUCUACUCUGAUUAAGCACGCUGUUUCAGCCAAUCAGAAUACGUGUCAUAUGGAUACCUCAUAAUAAUUGCUUUUGCAGCUCUAGCAGUAAUUAUUUUUUCAUCGGCAGUUCUUUCUUCUUCCUUUUGGAUCAACCUAUGCUUUUUUAGUAUGGACGAUCUUCUUGCCUGAAUUUUUACCUUCAGAGGGCGUCUUUUUCGCUGAUUCUUCGUCCUAUUACUGUUAGUGUUUUAUUCAUCUACUCAAGGAGAUAAAAGGAAUUUUUCAUUAUUCGAAGACAGAAUUUUAACGGAUUUGGAAGUGGAAAUCAGCCUCGUUGACUUCCAUCCGAGGUAUAGGCCCUGGCUGCCCAUCGAUUAUAUCAAUUUAAAUCUCCGGAUAUUCACAAUGUAAGCGGAUUAAAUUCUCUGUAGUGUGCGAAAAGGAUCUUGUUAACCUGAAUUUGUUGAGAUUCACUGUUUCAGUCCAUAAACUUAAGCAAAAUGUUUUGAUAUUGUAAUUCGAAUGUUUCAUUUUACUCGUGUGAUUAUCUCGAUUAAAUCUGCUAACCCGCUUAAAUACAGUAAAUUUGAUCGAAUUCAUUGCUUUUAAUUUCUUACCUAGGUAAGCGUAGUUUAGAUUACCAACAUAUACUUCGAGAAUUAUACAUUUUAUCCUCGCAUUUCAUUCAAAAUACUCAUUUUGACCCAAAGAAUUCCGAUGAUUUUCAAGCUAAUUACUGACAUGCUUACUCUUGGUCUAGUUCAUGUUUUACGAGGAGAUAAUUGCCUCGAUGGGAAGUGACUAGUUUCUGUAUUUUGAAAAUGCUAGUUGCUAUCGUACGUUAGUGUAUAUAGUGGUUUGUUUGUAAGCGAUAUGGUAACAUAUAUUCUAAAUUGGAACCGUUUCUUGUACGCAGUACAACUAUUGUAAGGUUAAGCAUGUUAUUAUCUGACGUUAUGCAGGCUUUCUUUAUGUCCUUUCACCGAAAUAUUGAGGAAUGAUCAGUCAGUUGUCUGACUGUGGAGCAAAGAUACGCUGAAAAAGGAAACCGCGAGCCAAGCGGUCGCAUAACGAAAUUUGUUAUCAUGUUAUAUUUAUGCUUUCGUGUUAGUCCUUUGCAAUGUAAAUUUUUUUGAAAUUGCAGUUCGAGCUGAAAUUGUCUAUCAUCCUCAAACGAAUGUGAUCAAAGAAGAGGGAAGUGAUUUGACUUUGUUUUGUAAUGCCACUGGAAACCCAAUACCGAUAAUAUUAUGGACCAAAGAUGGAUCUCCCAUAAACAACAAUUCCAGGAUCAGGUUUUCAAUACAUAACAUGCUGUUGACCAUAUCAAAUGUGAACAGAACAGACAGCGGCCACUACCGAUGUGUAGCGAACAACAGCUUGGGAAAUGAUACCUCAAACGUUGCUACUGUUGACAUCCAAUGUAAGUUCCCAUCUCACUACUGUACUGAUAAGAAUAUUCUACUUUCUUACUAAGGUAUGAGUAACGUUUUGAUAAUCAGCGUCGACUGACAGCAGCUUUCACGCUUUUUUCUCUAAUUCACCCUUUAUUUUUGUUUUCGCUGUAGUCAACUUUUGAUACUAUUAUUGUCUGAUAAACAUGGCCUUUGAAUACAUUUGCUCCCACUCUCUGCAGUACACCUUUCAUUAUAUGAUUUUUUUAAUAGCAGAAAAAAGAAUGUACAGUCAUGUGUGCAUCUCCAUGCAGACGUUUUGUUUAUCAGUUAUUUGCCCUUUGCUAACAAGAUCAAUUUCAAAAUUGCAGAUAAACCUGAGAUUACUAUUCGUCCUAAAAGCAGGGAUAUAGAAGAAGGAGGAAACGUGACAUUUUCUUGUAAUUCUACUGCAAAUCCAUUACCGACAACUUCAUGGACUAAAGAUGAGUCGCCUAUAACUAGCAAUUCGAGGAUCAGUUAUUCAGUUGUCAAUAAAGUUUUGACGAUAACGAAUGUCAACGGAAAUGACAGUGGAGAAUACAGAUGUGUGGCGAGCAACAAACUUGGAAACGAUAUAUCCAAAGCUGCUAAAUUAAAUGUGAAAUGUGAGUUCAUCGGAUUGUCUUUUAAGAUAUCGAUUCUCUUCCAAAGACCAAUCUUUAAUGUAUUCUCCUGUUUCUUUAUAAUCAGCGUACUCGGGUUUGCUUUAAAGUGGGAAUUUUUUUCGUUAGAAAAGGGGAAUACCUUUCAGAAUAAUUAACCGAGUACCAUUUGUAUAGAGAUACUGAGUGAAUGAGGAACUAAGAUAAAAUUCAUAUCCGUUUCUAUUUCGUUUCAGAUGAACCGGAAAUUAUCACUGAUCCCUCUGAUGACACGGUGAAGGAAGGACAAAACACCACCCUUUAUUGUAACGCGACUGGAAAUCCAUUACCAGCAAUAUCAUGGAAAAAAGAUGGACAUUCUAUUGGCAAUAAUUCCAGGAUCAGUUAUUCAGCAGAGAGCAACGAGUUGAGGAUAAUAAAUGUGUACAGAACAGACAGAGGAAAAUACCAUUGUGUGGCUAACAAUAGCAUUGGUAAUGCCAGCUCACACGCUGCUACAUUAGCUGUAGAAUGUAAGUAUUAACUAUAAUAGUAAUAACAACAAUAAUAAUAAUAAUGAUAUUAAUAAUAAUAACGAUUUUUAAUGAAGGAACCCAACUCGCCAGGGCGGUUUUCAGUGGGGCCCAGUAAACUGUUCAUUGAAUUCUUGUAACUUAUUCGGUAGAAAGUGAGCUCGAGAGUCUGGAAAAACAGUCAUUUUGUUCUUGCAGGUCAUUUCAAUUGGUUCAGCCAUGUCUGCUGUAAACAUGAACGACCACUGAAUUGUCGAUUUCAGAAAGAUAUUGGCGCUUAUAGCUAGUGUUGCUAAUGUUCAUUGCAACUGUUUUACAAUCGUAGAUAAAAGUGAGAUUACCACUCAUCCUAGUAAUGUGACAAAAACAGAAGGCGAAAACGUUACGUUACACUGUAAUGCUACUGGAUAUCCGCUCCCUACUCUAUCGUGGACCAAAGAUGGGUCUGACAUAAGUAACAAUUCCAGGAUCAGCUUUUCAGCAGACAAAAAGCAGUUGGCAAUCACCAAAGCGAACCGAGUAGACAGAGGAGCAUACCGAUGUGUGGCGAAAAACAGCCUCGGAAAUGAUACGUCUAUGGCUGCUGUUGUAGAUGUCCAGUGUAAGUCAACAACGAGUUAUUUGGAUCAUUAACAAGGGCUCGAUAGUCCUAAAAAAAGGCCGUAAUUGGUUCGAAAAAGGUUAACGGUUAGUUAAACAGCGGCUUUUAAGCUUCCCAGUUUAGAUAAAUUCAAGGUCGCCAGUUUUGUACUGUGGCUCUUAGGUACACUUUCUUGGGUUGCGAAUUACGUCAAGCGGCAAACAUGUUAGCUGCAGAUGGUCACAUUACGUUUGAGUAAACAAAUUACAGACGAAAGGAAAAAUAGAAACAAGUUGAGAAAAAUUUGACACGAGAAAGAAUUAGGAAGAAAAGUAAGAGAAGCUUUGGAACCGCACGGCUAUGUAGCUAUGGACACUUGAGUAAAUGUUUCAGCUUGUAAUUGAAUGAUAAUUUCUAUUUCGCAUUGAGAAAUCUGUUUGAUAAUUCGCAUAUCUCUGAAACUUAUCAAACUUGCACGAUUUUCUAAUUAAUAACUAUGUUGUUUUUUAGUUGCACCUGAAAUCUUCAUACAUCCGAGGAAUGUCACAAUAGUAAGAGGAGAUAGUAUGACUUUUAGUUGUUCAGUCGUGGGGAACCCAACUCCCAGUGUUGUUUGGGAAAAGGACAGAAAAGACCUAAAUGUAACAGGAAAUAGUCGAUUUAACUUGUCCUCAAGGAACAAUAAUCACAGUUUAGAAAUUGCAGAAGUUCACAGCUCAGACUCAGGACAAUACAGAUGUGUAGCUGAAAACAGCAAGAAUAUAUCAUAUUCAUCUGCAGCUACCCUCACAGUGCAGUGUGAGUAA